AUGUUGUACACUACAUGGACUUUCAAGCUCGCAAUCCAACCAGAACACAAAUCUUCGGGCAACUCGCACUUCACAUACAUGCGACAAGAGCAAAAAGGAGAUAUAAAGAUAUCUUUCUUUCUGAGAUUCCCAUACAUCGAAGACAAAAACGAUAACUUCGAAGUCAUAAUUAACCAUAACAAUCGCGGUCGCGGUAGCCAGCCUCUAGCUUCCCCGCCCCCUUGGUGCGAGGAAUAUCUAUCCUUAAUCGACCCAUGGUGA